AUGUCUCGUGUGUCAUCUAUCAGUGAACUCAAUGACAGUACUAACAGAUGGAGGAUCUUAGUUCGUGCGGAUAGAAAAUGGAAUGUAUAUCACAAAACAUUACCAAAUGAAGUGUUCUGUAUUACAAUGGUCUUGGUUGACAAAGAGGGUCACAAGAUUCGAGCAAGAGUUCUAGUUAAGAGCUUGCUUGAUCAAUAUAGGGAAACACCAAUUGAAAGGGAAACAUAUUUCAUUGCUAACUUUGUCCUUUCAACAAAUACCAAUAUGUACAGAGCCACCACUCAUCCUUUCAAGAUCAACUUCAGACAACAAACCUACAUAAUGGGACAAGCUUUAAACAUCUAUGUGCACUGCUAUUCCUUUUUCCCAAUAGUUGACAUAAUGAAGGUCGAUGAGAAUGUAUAUGGAUUUGUUAAAUGCAUGGAACAACUUGAAGAAUAUUGCAAGGAUAAUGAAACAAAGCACAAAUUGCACAUGGUCAUUACUGAUAAAGAGUUGAAGGUCAACUACACUAUGGUAGACCACACAGGGAAAACUUUUGUUGUAUUUUGGGACCAGUUAGCUUUACAGUUGCUAGAGAAGUCUGCAGCCGAAUUGAAGGUCAUCCUUCCUAAGGAACGACGUUCAUAUGAUUUCCUUGAUCAAUUAGAUAAUAUUAUUGGUAAGAAGAUGCUGCUCAAGCUCAAGAUAAAUGCAUACAACAAGAAGUACCCAAACUCCAGCAUAAGUGUGCCUUAG